AUGGCUUCCAAGCCGACAAUUCAAGUCAUUGGGUCAUUGAACAUUGACUUCGUCACACUCACACCGCGUGUCCCUGGACCCGGAGAAACACUAACCGCAACCUCCAUGACUGUGCAUGCUGGAGGAAAGGGCUCGAACCAAGCAGUGGCGUGUGGAAAAGCAGCUUUCACAUCGACCACUGAACAGGAUGUCAACGUCUAUAUGAUCGGCGCGGUAGGCAACGGAGACCCCUACUAUGCAUCGCUGCUCAAGCCCACACUGGAGACAGGUGGUGUGAGUACGAAGUAUGUGGAAGAGAUCGAGGGUGUCCAAACCGGAACUGCAACAAUCAUUGUCGAUACAGGUUCCAAUGGACAGAACCGGAUCCUCUUCGUACCUGGCGCCAAUCAAGAAGUUACCGAUGUGCAGAAAAUACUGGAUAUUGAGACCACCGAAGGGGUACCAGAUGUCGUGGUCAUGCAAGGCGAAAUCCCCCGGUCGACAGUGCUGGGUCUUUUGAAAGCGUUCAAUUCUACGUCACAAAAGACUGCCGUCGUCUUCAAUCCCGCCCCAGUCUUUCCUGACGGCCUACCGCUGGAAUCCCUGAAGGGUAUGGCAGUGCUAGUUGUCAAUGAGACAGAGUGUCUUCUGCUCUUCAAGGUCAUCGAGGAGCUAAAAGGCACAUCAUCUGUCCCUCGCGAAGAGGAUCUCACAGAAUAUCAUCUAGACCGUCUCACAAAAGUGAUACACGACCGCACCAACAUCUCAAUCGUUGUCGUGACCUUGGGAGCCCGUGGCGUCUACUUCUCAGCAUCCGAGGGUUCUACGAGAGGUCUUGUACCUGCAGAGAAAGUGGAGAAAGUGGUUGACACGACUGCCGCAGGAGACACAUUCGUUGGAUAUCUCGCCACUGCCCUUGCAAGACAUUUGUCGACGAAGAACAAGGUGGAGGACUUCGAUAUUCAGAAAGCUGUCAAACGGGCGAACCAAGCUUCGGCCAAAUGUGUACAGCGAAGCGGCGCGAUGGAAAGUAUACCUUUUGGGUAUGAAUAA